AUGGCCCGCCUCAUCCCGCUCACAAUCCUGGCAUCCGCCCUGCCCAAGGCCCUCGCCUGGGGCUCCAUGGGCCACGCCACUAUUGCCUACAUCGCCACCAACUUUGUCGCCCCUGAGACAAAGACCUACAUGCAGCAGCUCCUCGGCGACACCACGGAUGACUACCUCGCCAACGUCGCCAGCUGGGCCGACUCAUACCGCUACACCACCGAGGGCGCAUUCACAUCGCCCUUCCACUACAUCGACGCCCUUGACGACCCUCCCCACUCGUGCGGCAUCGACCUCGAGCGCGACUGCGGCCCCGCGGGGUGCAUCGUCUCGGCCCACGUAAACUACACACAGCGCCUUCUUCAGCCCGAGCUUGACCUCGAGCAGCGCCAGAUCGCUGCCAAGAUGGUGAUCCACUUCACGGGCGACAUUGGCCAGCCGCUGCACUGUGAGAACCUCGAGACCGGCGGCAACGGCAUCCCCGUCGAGUUCAACGGCACCGACACGAACCUGCACGCCGCGUGGGACACCAACAUCCCGCAGUCCAUCGCCGGCACGACCGGCAGCGUGCUCACCAUCGCCAAGAAGUGGGCGUCGAAGCUCAGCACGGCCAUCAACUCGGGCGAGUUCCGCACCGCGGCCAACUGCUGGGUCCAGGGCCUCAGUCUGGAGGACUCCGAGGCCACCGUGGUGUCGUGGGCGUCGGAGAGCAAUCAGUUUGUGUGCUCGGUCGUGCUGCCCGAGGGCCAGAAGGCGGUAGAGGGGCUGGACAUCAGCGGUGCGUACACGACGAAUGCGCAGCCGACUGUGAGCCUGCAGGUUGCGAAGCAGGGGUACAGACUGGCAAAAUGGCUGGAUGCCAUUGUUGCCAAGUUGGCCUAG